AUGGCGUCGGCCGACCCAGCGAAGUCAUUGUUUACAACGCAAACGGAAAAGCCUAACCAUUACACUUAUCUGAAGGAAUUUCGUGUCGAGCAGUGCCCAUCGUUCCUGCAGCACAAAUGCAAUCAACAUCGGCCGUUCGUGUGCUUCAACUGGCACUUCAUGAAUCAGCGGCGCCGUCGGCCCGUACGGAGACGGGACGGCUCGUUUAACUACAGUGCAGACAACUACUGUCCGAAGUACGACGAAACGACCGGAAUCUGCCCGGAUGGUGACGAUUGUCCGUUCUUACAUCGAACGGCGGGCGACACGGAGCGUCGCUAUCAUUUGCGCUACUAUAAAACGUGCAUGUGCGUGCACGACACGGAUGCUCGUGGAUACUGUGUCAAAAACGGACAUCACUGUGCGUUCGCCCACGGUAUCCACGACCAGCGGCCACCUGUGUACGACAUUAAGGAGUUAGAAGCACUACAGAAUGCGGAGGUCACCGGUGAAGGUCUGAAUGGGCCCAACGUGCUCGACAAGGAGCGAAACCUUAUGAACGAGGAUCCGAAGUGGCAGGACACGAACUACGUUUUGGCGCAUUAUAAGACGGAACCGUGCAAGCGGCCACCGCGCUUAUGUCGGCAGGGCUACGCUUGCCCACAGUUUCACAACAGCAAGGACAAACGCCGAAGUCCACGGAAAUACAAGUACAGAUCGACACCUUGCCCAAACGUAAAGCACGGCGAAGAGUGGGGCGAACCGUCCAACUGUGAGGCCGGUGACAACUGUCAAUACUGUCACACCCGUACGGAGCAGCAAUUCCAUCCGGAAAUCUACAAGUCGACCAAGUGUAACGAUGUCCAGCAGGCGGGAUAUUGUCCGCGCUCAGUGUUUUGUGCAUUCGCGCAUGUAGAACCGUACGUGGUGACGGAGGAAAUGAGCCGAGAACUGGACUCACAAGCACUGGCACUGAGUGAUAUGUUGUCGUCGGUUUUGCCGCCAAAUGAUGGUAGUGGAAAUGGAGGAAAUGGCAGUGCUGGUGGUGGCAGUAAUGUUGUUGCGGGCGGUGGUGGUGGAGGCGGGGGCCCCGGUUCUGUACUUGGUGGCUUGGUGGUUAGUGGUGGAACCGGAGCCGGGCCUUCUUCAAUAACUGGUGGUCCCAUUGGAUCGGGCGUUAAGAAAGACGUACACGAACUAGUGAAUUUGUCAUACUUCCAGCUGUUGCAGAAUGGCAGCGCGGAAAGUAGCGAAUCCGCGAGUACGAGCAGUCUCGGAUCGAACCACAGCUCCCAUAACAAGGCCCCUGGUUCGCAACUGCAGCAGCAGAAAAACAAUAGCAGCAACAAUGGGGUGAACCUUCUCGGUAAUGGGCACGUCGGUGGUGGCAAUGCCGGCAAUCCGCUAUGUGGACUCGGAUUGCUCAGUAAUGGCGGCAGUGCGAACGGUGGCGCAAAUUGUCCGACUGGUGGCAAUGCCAGCUCCCUGCUCUCAAACAUCGAUUUCAACGCGGACUUACCCAAACAGAUAGUAGCAAUCGAGAGUGAUCUCACCCUUAAUCCAAUGGAGCGCGAACAGCGCAAACGAAUGUGUUUAACAUUUAGCCACCUGCGCAAUAUAGGAUCUCCUUUGGAUGGCGGUAUGUAUGAACUGAGUCGGCGAGAUACGAUGCACGCCCUGGACAGUCAAAUGUCUGGUUUGACAUCAUCUGGCCUGUUAGCUAGCAGUUCCGCUCCGGUAAACAUUCCUGGCUCACCAAUAAGCAACUCGAUUUCCGGCAUUCUUCAGGGCACGUCGGCACCGGUUAACAUUCCUGGCAGCUCGCUCGGCCACAACUUUAGUCCUUCGUCGCACUCGAACCUGUUUAGCUUGAACGAUCCGUUCAUCGCACAUCACAUUGGUAGUGGUUCGGCGCCGAAGCUGGGCAAUAGUACAAGCAACUCUUACAACCACAACCACGCAGAUAACCUUUUCUUCCAAUCACACAUAAUUUCACCAGUACUAGGUGCCGGCCUGUCUGCGAGUCCUGAAAUUAGAAGAAUCUCGGAACUCAAUCCUUUAGACAGUGAGCUAGAUAGCAAUACAACAAAUAUAUUGUUCGCUGAUAGUCAGCACCAUCAAGUGCAACAAACGCAUCACCAGCAACAUCAGCAAGCGCAACAGCAGUUGCAACACCAAUUGCAGCAUCAGGCAGCCGUGGCUGCCGCGAAUGCUGCCGCUGUAGUUGCGCAAAGUCAAAAUUGUCGAACAGACAAGCAAUCAAUAGUUCCACAUCCCUACCCACAUCCAAUGUCGCCGUUUGUUACAGCUGCAAAAGCUGCACAACAGCAACAGGUACAGCAGCAGCAGCAACAGCAGCAACAGCAACAGCAGCAACAGCAGCAGCAGCAGCAGCAGCAACAACAGCAGCAACAGCAACAGCAACAACAGCAGCAACAGCAGCAGCAGCAACAACAACAGCAGCAACAACAGCAACAGCAGCAACAACAGCAACAACAACAGCAGCAACAGAAGCAGCAACUACAACAACAACAACAGCAACAACCACAACAGCAACAAUCACAACAGCAGCAGCAGCAACAGAUGCUCAACUGGGAGGAGCACGUUCUCCAGGCAACGAACGCUUGCGAAGCGUGGAAGGCACAAAUGGAAGAAAGCAAUCGGAAGACGGCCAUAGCGGAACAGCAGCGCGAUGAGGCAUUGUCCCACGUCAAGGCAUUAAAAGAAAAGUUAGGACAGUUGAGUAUCGGUGGCGGUGUCGGUGGUAGUAACCUCAACAAUUACCGAGCGAACGAUUUACGUGGCAUGCCGUUACCGAAGUUAAAAAGCAUACAGGCAAAGCUUCGGGCGGAGAUAGAAGAGGUGGAAAAAGUAUUAUAUCUCGAGACAGCCACCAAGUGUAUGAAGUGUGAGGAAAACAAUCGAUCGGUUACGUUAGUUCCGUGUAAUCAUUAUGUUUUGUGCGAUGUGUGUGCAACAACCCAGCGCGAGUGUCCGUAUUGCCAGACACCUGUGUCAUCCCAAGCGUAA